AUGCGCGGCCGUGCAUGGGCACCGCUCGGCCUCUUCCUGUGCCUGGCAGGGUCUCCGGAGACCCAGACCCCGCUAGAGAUCGAGUACAUCAACGGAAUUCGCGCUGAUCCAUCGCGCAUCGACCUUUACAAGAAGCUUGGGAGCAGUCUUUACGACCGUGGGGCCGUGGCCGAGUCUGCGAAGAUCUACCAGGCGGCUCUGAGCGUGAAGCCCGGCGACGCAUCACUGCGCUUCAACCUGGCGGUUCUUUCGCAGGAGUUGCAGGACCCAGAGACGGCGGCGCGGCACUAUGCAGAAGCCUUCCGUCUCCGGCCCGAGCUGCUUCCACAGGCCGCCGGCGACUUCGGGGCGCUGCUGACGCAGCUCGGGAGGUACGCAGAGGCCGAGUGGUAUCUAACCCGGGGCCUGACGGCUGUCCCGGAUGCCUACAUCCUUUACACCCUGUCUGUGGUCCUUUGGAAACGCGGAGACCUGGCCGCGUCAGAGCAGCGGCUCCGGGACGCUCUGACUGCAGACCCGCACGUAGCCUCGCAGCUGCGGGAGCUGCGGCCUGAGCCAGCCCGGGCAUUCCCUGUGCCGACCUCACCACGGGAGCUCCGGGAGCUGCUCACGGAGGUGUGUGCCUGCCGAGGUGAGCAUCAGCCGAAGGCCGCCUGUUCAGAGGAGCUGGAGUUCGAGCUGCUGGGUCUCGCAGCGGAGGCCCCGGCUGAGGCCUGGGAGGGGCUGUCCCUGGAGGUGCGAGGCCACCUGGCCACCGAGGAGAACCAACAAGCUACUGCAGCUGCGAGCAAGGAGGGUUCCGUGCCGCGGCGCUCCGAGAUCAUCGAUGGGAUCGUACCCCGGGGAUCCCUGAUGAAGCUGCGCAUCCUGGAGAACAAGCGUUUUCUAUUUCAGGUGGUCUCAAACUGGACAGGCUCCUUCGGGGACUCGUGCAGAAUCGCAGGGUCCGAAGUGCUGGUGAAGACCUGGGUGAUUGCAAACGCCUCGAGGAAGGUUGAGAGCCUGGCUGACAUUUGUACGGAGAUCUUGCAGUGGCCACCAGGUCGUCGACAGCUCGUGGUGAAGCCUGUUGACAUGGCCUUUGCGAUCGGCACGACUCUUUGGAACCUGACUGGGCAGCUUGGACUAACGCAGGCAUCCUGUCAAGAGAGCUUUCCAAGAAGCCUAACCGGAAUGGACACAGACGCUGAGCGUGAGCGAAGGGAUACGAUCAUCGUCCAGCAGUUUGUCCGGAGCUGGCAGCUGAAGAAUCGAAAGCUGGAACUCCGAGCACACUUGCUGAUUGCAUCUGCAGACCCGCUGAUUGUCUUUUGGGACAGGAAUCUUCUCUUCAAGUGGGGCACAGUUCCUCUGCCUGAGGGAUGGGUGCUCAGUGGCCCAUCGCAAGAGCGUGAGGACCUGCCAUACCAAGAGUUGGUGGGUCUCGUGGGCGAAAGAGCAGCAGAAGAGCUAUGGAUGCAGAUUCACAACCAGGUCCGGCGAGGUUUGGCCGUCGUCCUGGAGGCAUUCAGGGCUGCUACUGGCGGACGGCUGACCUGGCCAACUGAUCCGCCGAAUUCGUGGGAAAUCCUCGGGGUUGACUUUGCCUUGGAGCAGUCGGAGGCCCUGCGCGUGGACGCGAAGGUGCUGGACUGGAACUACGGACCAGGAUUGGCUUUUGGCCGGCAACUGAAGAACGGCCAGGCGAAGACGCUCGCCUUUCUGCAGGAGUCGUACCGACUUCUGCAUCAACUACACAGGCUACGGGGAACGAGUGGGCCAAGCGCCUGGCGGCAGCAGACGCCCCCGUCGCGCCUCGAGGUCCUCUUCGACGACUCGGGCGACAGGGGGCCACCCGCCUGGUGCACCUGA